GGCUUUGGCUUUUCAGGAUCAGUUUUUUUGGCAACACCUAUCGAGCGACCACGUCUACAGCCCGGAGAAAGGGGCUGCCUGUGCAUAUGAAACCGAAGAUUUGAACCAACUAGCGCAAUGACAGAGAAAUAAGACAAAGAGAAAUUUCGCAAGGAAAACUGUUCAUCUUCAUACCGCGUUCUCUCGAUGCAACAUUUUCAGCGCUUAGCUAAGCAGUAUGAUUUUAGCACUAUAGAAUAUCAGUCACUGCGAUGCACUAGUAAUCUAUAGCAGUAAUUGUUUACAUUUUGAUAAACUUAAGCAUUCUCCUUUUCUCCUGGAAAAGUCAAAGUUCUCGUCGUUUUUGUACCACAAAAGUGGUAGGCGCUAGUUUUUUUUAAGCGUGGUUAUGUUUUGACAGUUGCAAGAGCAGCCAAACUUUAUUAAGAUUAAUAAACGUGUUUUCAAAAAGGACUCAUCGACAGAAGAAUGAUUUGGAGCCGGUUAACGGAGCUGUUGCUCCUAAUAUUUGUGUGCGCGCACAGAUCGUCCUCAAAACAAGACAUGAAACCUGAGGUAUGGCUACAGCAAUAUGGUUACUUGCCACCCGGUGAUCUCCGCACACAUACGGCCCGCUCUCCUCACUCCGUCUCCUCUGCCAUUGCUGCCAUGCAGAGAUUCUACGGCCUGAUAGUCACCGGAAACAUGGAUCCUGCAACUCUAGAGGCAAUGAAGAAGCCCCGCUGCGGCGUCCCAGACAAGUUUGGAGCUGAACUAAAAAGCAACCUGAGAAAGAAGCGCUACGCAAUCCAGGGACUCAAAUGGGAUAAAAAUGAGAUCACAUUCUGCAUACAGAACUACACACCAAAAGUUGGGGAAUACGAAACGUUUGAGGCGAUCAGAAAAGCCUUCAAAGUGUGGGAAAGAGUUACCCCUUUGCGAUUCCGAGAGAUCCCUUACAGUGACAUCAGAGACAAGGUUGAAGACUUUGCCGACAUCAUGCUCUUCUUCGCCGAUGGUUUUCACGGCGACGCCAGUCCGUUUGACGGCGAAGGAGGAUAUUUGGCUCAUGCUUACUUCCCAGGCAAUGGCAUAGGAGGAGACACACACUUCGACGCAGCAGAGCCUUGGACCAUCGGCAACCGUGACCUUUUGGGUAAUGAUGUGUUCCUGGUGGCUGUUCAUGAAUUGGGUCACGCCCUGGGAAUGGAGCAUUCAAAUGACCCCUCCGCCAUCAUGGCUCCCUUCUACCAGUGGAUGGACACCGAGAACUUUGUGCUUCCUGAAGAUGAUCGUAAAGGCAUUCAGCAGCUUUAUGGACCAAUCACCGGAGACCGUCCAAGACCACCUGUCACCCCGCAGACCCCCCACCACACUCCAUAUCCCACACCAUACGGGCCCGGAGGACCUAACUUUGGUCCUGACAUCUGCGAAGGCCAUUUUGACACCAUUGGCAUUUUCAGAGGAGAAAUGUUUGUGUUUAAGGAUAAGUGGUUCUGGCGCGUUCGUAAUAAUCAGGUUAUGGAAAAUUACCCCAUGCCAAUUGGACAUUUCUGGAGAGGUCUGCCUACAAAUAUUAAUGCUGCCUAUGAAAGAGAAGAUGGGAAAUUUGUCUUCUUUAAAGGGGACAGGCAUUGGGUGUUCACCGAAUCGAACUUGGAGUCAGGUUACCCGAAGACUCUGAGAGAAAUGGGCAGCGGUCUUCCAAAGGACAAACUGGACGCAGCCCUUCUGUACACCCCUACAGGCAACACCUACUUCUUCAGAGGAAACAAAUAUUAUCGCUACAAUGAAGACACGCAGUCAGUGGAUCCAGACUACCCCAAACUUAUGAGUAAAUGGCAAGGCGUUCCAGACAACAUAAAGGCUGCCUUCAUGAGUCGAGAUCAAAGUUAUACCUACUUCUACAAAGCCAAUAAGUACUGGAAGUUUAACAACCAGUUAUUAAGAGUGGAGCCUGGAUACCCCAAGUCUGCGCUUAGGGAUUGGAUGGGCUGUCCUAAUGAGGACUCCAAUACAGGUGGUGGAGGCGGAGGAAGUGACCGUGAUCGUGAGCGUGAGCGCGAAAGAGAACGUGAAAGGGAGCGGGAAAGAGAACGUGACCGUACACGUGAGGAAGACAAGACUGAGGACGAGGGCAAAAAGGAGGAGACAGAGGUGAUCAUAAUCGAGGUCGAAGACGCACCCAGCAGUGGAGGAGGAGCGGCUGCCGUCGUGGUGCCACUCAUGUUGCUGGUCUGCGUGAUCCUUACGCUCGGAGCACUUCUCUUCUUCCGCAGGUACGGCACACCGAGACGCUUGCUCUACUGCCAACGCUCCCUACUGGACAAGGUUUAAAUGUUUAAGAAGGGAUAAUGGAAGAAAGGGAAGGGGAGGAGAGGAGAGAAUUGAGAAUAUGGAAGAAGGGGACUUACUAGCAAAGCAAAACCAAAAUGAGAAAAGCAAUUCUA